AUGGCUCGUAGGAAUGGCAAUCGUCAUGGUGCGGUGAUCGAGAUUCCGAGGCCGAUGAACUUCACGGGCGGGCUCGAGUUCUCUUCCCUUACGUACGGUGUGACCAAGAAUGAGCAGAUCGAUGGGCACAGGAUUAAGCAGGACGUGGACCUGCUCCACGGGAUCACGGGCUACGCCCCGAAAGGGUGCAUCACGGCGGUGAUGGGCCCGAGCGGGGCGGGGAAGUCCACCUUCUUGGACGGCCUGGCGGGGAGGAUCGCGAAGGGGAGCCUCAAGGGCCGGGUCUCCUUCGACGGCAUGGAGAUGAGUCCUAGCUUGAUCAAGAGGACCUCCACUUACAUAACGCAAGACGAUAGGCUGUCCCCGACGCUCACUGUCUACGAGACGCUCAUGUUCGCCGCCGACUUCCGGCUGGGGCAGAUCUCGAGGGCGGAUAAGAUCCAGAGGGUGGAGAAGUUGAUCGAGCAGCUCGGACUCUCGUCAUGCCGAAACACCUACAUUGGCAACGAGGGGACACGAGGGGUGUCCGGAGGAGAGCGCCGGAGGGUAUCGAUUGGCGUCGGCAUCAUCCGUCGGCCAUCCCUACUCUUUCUCGACGACCCAACCUCGGGCCUUGAUUCGACCAGCGCCCACAGCGUGAUGGAGAAGGUUCAUGGCAUAGCUCGGUCCGGCAGCACUGUGAUCCUCACCAUCCACCAGCCCUCACCGAGAAUCCAGCGCCUCCUCGACCAUCUCCUCAUACUGGCCCGCGGCCAGCUCAUGUUCCAAGGAUCGCCGAAAGACGUGAUCCUCCACCUCCGCCACAUGGGGCGGGAAGUCCCGAAGGGCCAGAACUCGAUAGAGUACCUCAUCGACAUCAUCCGAGAGUACGAUCAUUUAGAGUUCGGGGUCGAAUUUCUUGCUGACUUCGCUCAGGCGGGCCUAAAGCCCCUGCCACCGUCUAAUGAAGAGACGUCAAUCUCAACAGCCGCACCCAUCCCGCCUUCUCGUCACUGUGAUCACAGGCAUCAAGGGCACAAUCGGAGCCACGACCACAGAAACGGCCGGCGAUUGCACUUGCAACUUGCAAGCGAGCGCGCACUCGGCAAACGAUGA